AUGAAGACCCUCAAAGUAACAUGGUACAGGAUGUUGAUCCCAGCAGUGCAGUGUUUUUGCACACAAACUGGCAGAUACAGGGUUACUUGCAAGAACAAGCUGAUAUCACUGAAAAAAUAUGCAGGGAAUGAAGGAUUUGAUUUUGUUCCUCCGGCUGGUGGUAAUAGCUUUGGAAGAUAUGAAAUUGCUUUAUUAUGUUUGGGGAUGAUGCAUUUCCACUUUGGGCAUCCAAAGCUGGCUUUAGAGGUUUUGACUGAAGCAGUUCGUGUAUCUCAGCAACACAGUAGUGAUAGUUGUCUUGCAUAUACUUUAGCAGCUAUCUCAAAUUUGCUAUUUGAAAAUGGCAUAUCAAGUAUUGCUGGGAUACUAGGGUCAUCAUAUUCACCAUUUACUAGUAUGGGUAUUUCUCUCUCUGUUCAGCAACAAUUGUUUGUUCUUUUGAGAGGUUCUUUGAAGAGAGCAGAAAGUUUAAAGUUAAAACGGUUGUUGGCUUCAAAUCAUUUGGCAAUGGCGAAGUUUGAUUUAACGGUUUUGAAGUAA